UUCCUGGCUGGGUGUCCCGGGAACGAGGGUGGGAGUGCGCGUGCGCGCUUGGUGGAGCCGGAGCUCCCCGUGCAGCGGCCAGGCCUGCUUUUGCAACUCGGGGGGAAGGGGAGGUUACCCCUGCAGGCUGGGAGCUGCCCGGAGCAUGGAGUCACCCCCUCACCUCUGGCCGCCUUUGCAACCACUAAAACCACUGAUGCAAUGAGCUCGCCCUCCUUCCCGCGCCCGCAGCGAGCUUGCUGCAGCUGCAGCCCAGGAAAGGAUGGCGAGCUGGCAGGUGCCCACGGUGGUGUGGGGGCUGGAUAGGCGCGCCAUGCAGCGAACAGCCGGCCUGGGCCAAGAAGUUCUCGAGCGGGCCAGGAGGAGGAGAGUGGACUGGACACCCCUUGUGCGGCUGGAGGAGCGAAGGGGAGAAGAGGAGUCUGUCAACCUCGAUGCUGCAUUUGCCACGGUAAUGGAGUUCAUGGAGCGUACCACGAGGCAGUGUAGGAAGUAUUAUUCCUCCGUGCCACCGGAGAACACGAAGGAAGGGGAGGUUGAUCACAUCUGCAGAUUUCACAGGAGAAAGUCAUGGCAGCCUUCUGCUUCAGGAAUGACAAAUCGCCAGGUAGGCCACACACUUCGAGAGCCCUACGGUGUAGUCAGAACGACCAAGUCUAAGCCAGCCACCCAGGAACCUGCCAGGACCUUUUCUAAAGACUUCUACCUAGAAGUUUCUCCGGGGACCUAUUCAGUCACUGCAUGCUCGAGCGAUUUACGGCAGACUCACGUGGUGGACGUUGAAGCGGGACAGAGUUUGGAAUUGACUUUCCACAUAUGACACCGGCCAGCGCCUUUUUAAAUACGAAGGAAUAAAGCCAAGAUGGCUGGACAUCUUUGGUUGUCUUAGCCAUACCCAGACUGACCUUUCCCUCUGGCUCUCCCCCUCUUGCCUCAUCUCUUCCCGCCAUUGACCUCACAAGUUCAGGGAGAAUAGUCCAUCUCGUAGAUGGGCAGUCUGAAUCUUAAGACACAUCUCUGACUAAAGACUUUGGUCUGUCAGAGGCUUUUUACGGCCUUUUUUUUUUUUUUUUUUUUUUAGCUCUUUGGCGAAAUCUUGAAAUUAAAUGGAGGGCUCUAACUUUUGUAAAUGAAGAGCACAUAGGGAAACACUGUCACUUGUGUGAGAGGAAAUACAACCCAGAUCAUGGCGGAUUCCAGGUUGACGGGAGAUGGAGCAGAGAUGAGAGCAGGUGGUGGGCCGGCCAGGUGAGAUCUCCAAUAUGGCAAAAUAAAAGCCCUGAAGGGAUCAGCGGAACAUCAGGGAAGAUGUCAUCGACACUUAGCAAGAGCCCCUUCAAGCAACUUGUGCAAGACUGUUCAGAAAGAGAAAAUGCCUGAUUUCUCUCUCCAGUAACUUCUAAUGAACCCUGUCCCCGGUGACUAGAUUUUCUAAAGCUCCUUUACGUUUUAAGUGGAGGAAAAUUCACUUUUUCCUAUACUCUUGGCAUAAGGAAUAACAACUCCCAAUGCUACUGUCACCUUCGUGAUAUUCCAAACACUCAGCUUUUCGGUGGGAAGACCGUUCAGAGAUUAAGUUCCUCCUGGCUUCCUACAGAGAGAAACUGGUAUUUGAGACUUCUCUGGAGUUUGAGACAAGAACAAAUAUUCAUCAAAACCUAAGAAGUUUUUUUUAAACUUUUCCCAACAAGCGACUCUCAGCCCAGCUCCCGCGGCACCAACCAGGAUGGAAGAAGUAUUUUACCCAGAAGAGAUGCUUCAGGUACCAAAGAGGGCAUGGCUGCAGUUGAGAAUAGAUUUGGUGUGGUGAGUUGGUCUCCGGCAGAACGGGAUCUUUACUGGAUCUAGAGAGGUUCUCUUUCCUCUUGUUAAAAUAUCUGGUCGUUCCUCACAGCUAAGACUUUCUGGGUUACACUGCUGCCCACGGAUUCCGAAGCCCAUGGAGUCUUACCUGGAACUGCAGUGGUUUUACUGGCCAUAAAGUGGUUUUCGUUACGAUCUUUCUGGUUCCGCUCCUCUCCGGUUCGCCGCAGGCUGCUCCCCCAUUUGCCCCUCUGCUCUUCCUCUUUGGGGACCAACGGCAGCUUUAUGCCCUGCCGAACUGGCUCCUCUCCCUCUCCGAAACACUGGGCCAUCUCGUUCCUGGAGCAAAAAGGGAAGCAGGUGGCACCAGUUGCCAGGGCCUUAAUCUGCGGGAAUGAAUUUAACUUUGCGUGGUGCAAUUUUUUUUAACUCAGUUCCUCCAGGGUCAAAGACUCCCUGCUUUAGACUCUAUUUUAUAAAGAAAUAAAAGCCUUUGAAUUAUUUUU